ACUCGUCGCCUGUUUGUCGUCGCGUUUGAACCUAGCGUAAAAUGACAGACUGUUUAUUAACUGUGGCUAAGAUAUGCGUGUUACGUUAUUGAUUAUAUUUUUGUGUUAUUUGUGUUAUUGUGAAAGCUACGAUAUGAUCAUCGGUGACACGGUGCAUAGAAAAAUGGUCUUCCAUCAGAGGGUCAAAGACUUUGCGAUACCUUUUAAGAAGAGAAUAAAAGUUUUGACCUACAGUGAUCCAGAGAAAAGAAUUAUUAAGGGUGUAGCUGCGAUAGAUAAUGACUUCUCACACGCCAGCGCUAAUGUUACCGAUGGUGGCGUUGGUUUCUCUUACGUCACAGUCAGAAUGAAGAGUCAGAGACACCAUCCUUUGAAUUUUGAAGUUGAAAUUUAUGUGUGAACAGUAAAAUUGUAAACAAUAUUCAUUACAAACAAUCAAUGAAAAUGUGAUUAAAAACUGUAAUAUAGAAGUGAUACUGCGUUUGUCUGUGCUUUGUGAUUUAAUGUUAAUUUUGUUUUAAGUGUUAUUUUAAUGGUCCUAUUGUUAUUAUUAGUAAUUUGUAUAUUUUUGAAGUUAAGUCGAAAUGUUUUGAAUCUUCUUUAUGUAGUAUCUUUUUUAAAAAUAAAAUUAAUAAAAAAAUUAUAUAUUUUUUUAGAUAUUAUCCUGUAC